AUGAAAACUAUGGAGUUUAAAAAUUCGAUUGUAUAGCAAAACAAUAUUCAUACAAAUUAUGAGUUAUUGAAUUAAUUGGAAGCCAGGAAACUUAAGUAGAUUGUACCUUCAAAAAAGGAUUUUGAACACAAUUUUUAAACGGAAGUUGUAAAAAAAUAACCAGGUUAUGUGAUUUCAGAAUUAAGAGCUCAAUUAGAUGCUAAAUUAGUUAAUAUUAUACAUCUGCAAUUAUGUACGUUCCAUUACUUUGAAGUCCCAUUAGCUGGUCAUAAGAAACCAUUAAUCAUUAGUAUGUAUUUGUAUUAAAAUCCUAGAUUUUACUUUUACGAAUUAAGCAAAAAUGAAAUUCUAUAUUUCAAGACACACUUUAACGCCAAAUAGAUUUAAUUUUGAAGAAGCAUUUCAAAGAAAAUAGGUACUAAGAUAUACAGAGCCAGGAGAAGAUAACAUUUUUACUACUCCAUUUUUGUAUAUGGCUAUAUUUAGUUAACAAUAAUCUAUUAUUCAUGCCAAGAUUUAAUAUGGAAUGAAAAUACAGAAGUUAUAAAAAUAAGAUUAGGAAGAAAAAGAAAGACCAAUGACUGCAUUUAUGUCAGGUAGAAUAAGUAGCGCAUUAACAAGGAAAUAAUCAAAGGAUUUAAUACUGAUGAAUAUGAAUUUAAGACAAUAUGAACCUGAAACUCAAAAAAAGUAGCUCUAAAUUAGAAGAGUUUAAUCAGCAAAGAGAUUUUAAGAAACUUUAGUUAAUAAAUAAAUCAUAGAUUAAGAUAAAUAAGAUUUAAUUAGGGAGAGAUAUGAACAUUCUUAAAAAAAAAAGAUUAUCAAAGAUAUCUUGAAUGUUCGAGAUCAAAUAGAUCAAUCAAUCAAGGAAUAGUAAAAAAGUUGGUUGGCUAACCUCUAUUCGAUUUUAAUUUGUAGGCUUAUUCGAGUUAAAUAUAUAGUAACUAUUUUUAUCAUUCGAUAUAGUAUAUGGCGAAUCAUAUGAUGAAUGAAGCCACAAUAAUAAGGAAAAAACACAGAACAAGAUUAAAUUUAAAGAAGUACCUAACUAAACAUGGCGAGACUAUUUAAUAAAGGACAAAAUUUUAAACUUUGCAAAGUCUUUGUGUUUUUGCUCAAAUCUAUCAAAAAACAGUAAAAACAAGAGCUGAGUUUAUUUGUUUUUCUUUUAUGAAAAGUUAUGGUUAGAUUGGAGAAAUUAUUCAAAAAACUUAUAGAUUUAGACGAUUAAUUAGAACAGUAAUUGAUUCAUAUAGAAAUUAUAAAAAAAAAGUUGGAGCUUAUGUUUAAAGAAUAAUUAUGUUAUGGAAUAAAUAUUGGGGGGUCAUGUACAAUUAGAUAUAGAAGGAGGAUAUUGAAAGUAUACAUUAUUAUCUAAUUUAUUAGAGGUGAAGGAAAUUAAAAAGCAAAUGAAUAAAACCAUCAUAAAUUUUUAAGUUGAUGAAGAGAUUAAAAAAUCCCCUUAUUUGGAUGGGUAAAAUUUUAUUAAUACUUAAAAGAAAGCUAUAAUUAGUAAUUGUUCAAAAUUAUUACAAAUUAUUGAAGGCCGAAUUUAUCACAAAGUUUAGGUCCGUUUAUAAAAAAGGGAAGUCGGGUGCGCGAGGGGUUAUGAUUGCUGCUUAGGGUUUUGAAGUAAAGGACUUAAAUUUAUUUAAAUGCAUUGACAAAGUAGUUUUGAAAGACUUAAUCUAUAAAUAUAUGCUCGAAAAAAGAAUGAUACAAAGCGUUUUAAUAAAGAAAUGA